CGGAGGAGGUCCACACUCAUCUAUUUAAACGCACCGGACGCGUUGCUCGCGCCGUAUUUGUCGCAUAGCACGCCAUGUCGCGCACGGUAAGCCGCGGCGAUUCUCCGCGGACGGACGACGUGACCGUCCUAUUGGUUGCCGGCAACGACAGACGAAAAUCCGUCGUCGUCAAAUUGCGUCGACACCGUCCCUCGUCCAACAGCUGGUGGUCGAUGUGGUCGGUUUUCGAUGUUUUGAUGGUUUUGUGCGUUUGCAUUGUAGAACUAUCGGCAAAAGGUACAGUUAUGAACACGCCGUGCACAACUAUUAACAAUUGCUGUGUUCGCAACCACACACACUCUUGGAAAGACAAAGUGCAGUUGUACUGUUCGGAUAUCCAAAUCAUACCGAUUGUUGACGAGAUAAUACACGUGCUAACUAUAUACAAUUCAGCCGGUAUUAAGGAAUUAUCAGAAAACUCGAUUAGUGGAUAUAAUAAUCUGACAGAUAUAGUAUUAAACAACAUGACAAAUCUAGAAAAUUUGGAUUCGUCAAUUUUCAAAAACUUAAAUCAAUUGAAGUCACUGUAUAUAUUUAAAGCUAGUGCUUUGACCGAACUACCCUACGAUAUAUUUCUUGAUCUAUCAAAAACGCUUUUAGUACUUCGUGUCAGUAAAGCGAAUCUAAAGGUCAUUCCUGAUCUUUCAGACCUCGGAACUUUGACUGCGAUGCACACAAUCGAAUUUGAAGGAAAUCAGUUGGACAUAUUACGAACGAAUGGAAUUAGAACUCGAGUAGACCAGUUAUUAUUGGAAUAUAAUAAAAUACACGUAAUAGAAAAUUGGGCGUUCAAUGGUUCUGAAAUAUCAAAACUGAGUUUGAGAGGAAAUUAUUUAGAUUUUUUGUCCGAACACAGUUUUGAUGGAAUUUUAAACUUGCGGACACUAGACUUGUCACAUUCCUCAGUGAAAUUAUUACCGACAUCGGGGUUGCAGAGCUUAGAGAUACUUCGCAUCGAAAAUGCUCCUCUAAUGACUGUGAUUCCUUCGGUCUAUUUAUUUAGUAAUUUAAAAGAAGCUCAUCUCACGUACUCAUUCCACUGCUGUAGUUUUCAGUUUCCGGCUAAACAUGAUUAUACGACGUACGACUUUCAUAAAGAAGGCCUACUAACUCCGAGUGAAUGCGCUCAAGCGAAAAAAAACGACGUUUCUAUAAAUGUGGAUUUGAUGGAAAACGGUUAUAUUGAUUACACAAACGACAGUGAGGAAGAAUUUUUUAACGAGCCGGCCAUAACAAAUAGUACCCUGGACGUUAUGUGUGGCAAUAUCACUCCACAAAACACGAGAUCCGAAGUCCAGUGUUGGCCACAGCCGGACGCCUUGAACCCGUGCGAAGACAUAAUGGGUUUCUAUUGGCUUAGAGUGUGCGUUUGGCUGGUGGGAAUCGCAGCGUUGCUGGCAAACUUGGUUGUGAUGACGGUGGUUUUCCGUAAAAAUUUUAACCACUCCGUACCUAGAUUCCUGAUGUGUAAUUUGGCUUUCGCCGACUUUUGCACGGCGAUCUAUUUGUUGCUAUUGGCCUACAAGGAUUUGGAGUCGAGUGAAAAAUAUUUCAACUACGCUUAUUCGUGGCAAAACGGUGUCGGGUGCAAAAUCGGAGGUUUCCUGACAGUUUUCUCGUCUCAACUAUCAGUUUUUGCAUUAUGCUUGUUAACGAUUGAACGGUGGUACUCCAUUCGCAGGGCACUGUACACAAACAAAAUGACGUUCGCUUCAACCGUGAGAAUAAUGGCCUUUGGUUGGGUGUAUUCAAUUGCGAUGGCUACGAUGCCGUUACUGGGCAUAUCAAGUUAUUCUACUACCAGCAUCUGCCUGCCAAUGGACACGGCUCGCGCGAGUGGCAUGUGCUACGUGUUCACUCUGUUGACGUUCGGCGCGGCAGCGUUCGUUUUGAUGCUAUUCUGCUACGUUCAAAUUUACAUGUCACUGAGCUACGAGACCCGACACGCGGCCAAAGGGGAGGCGUCCGUGGCACGCAAGAUAUCCGUGUUGAUCGGCACAAACUUCGCGUGCACCGCUCCGGUCAUCUUCUUCGGUUUCACCGCACUGCUCGGCUACCCGCUCAUAGACGUCACUAAGUCAAAGAUACUGCUCGUGUUCUUCUACCCCAUCAACUCGUGCGCCAACCCGUUCCUCUACACUAUACUCACGGCCAGUUUCAGACGCGAAGCCUUCUCAACCGUCGCCAAGUUCGGUAUUUGUUUGGAGAAUGAGAAAGAGUACAAAGUGAUUUAUUCAACGCAAACCAACAACACCCAACGCUUAACACCGGUGCACAGACACACUUUGUCGUUGACGUUGCCACAGCCCUGAAUGAAAACAUUCGACAAAAUCUACUAUUAUUAUUAUUAUUAUUAUUUUCAUCGUAUAAUAAUUAUUCAUUUUUUUUAUUAUUAUCAUUAUCAUUAUUAUUAUUAUUUACAGUUUCCAUAAUAUUAUCAUAUUAUUAUUAUUAUUACUAUUAUAUAGCUUAUUAUUAUUAUACUGACCAUCGGCGAUUUCACACAGUCGACAUAAUAAUAUUAUUAUAAUAUUGUGCAUAACAGCGACGGGUGACUAUCGAUCGCAGAGUCAUCUCCGCGGGGAUCAGUCUACGAUAAUAACCACCUGCUCGAAUCGCGUAAUCUGAACCGUUUAAAAUCUCUUGUAAACAUAAUAUAAUAUUAAUAAUCUAUUUAUCCGUACUAUAUGUAAUACACUUAUUAAUUAGACUACCAGUUUUUGCCGCAUAUAUAUAUUAUAUAUAGCUAUUAUAAUAUUACCUAACUUUUUCCCGAGCGUUCAGAAAUUUACGUUAUCCGGUGGCUGCUUUCCGCAGUGCACCACGCCAAAACCUCGACAAAUUACUAUGCACAUUGUUUUCAUAAUAAUAUUAUCAUCAUCGAUUUCUCACUUCUAUUUUAUCAUUUUCUAUCGGUGAUACAAUUACAUAUAGAUACAAAAACAUUUUACCUGCACUCACUCUACUUCAAUAGCUAUAAUAUAUAUUAUGCUGCCCCGCACACUUGGCUUAUGACUCUCAAUUAUUUUUCUCUUGAUAAAACGCACCAUGCACAAUAAAUAAUAUUAUUAUCUGUUAUUUUACUCAUGCUCAAGACUUAUCGUGCCGAGUUUUAAAAAAAAAAACAAACAGAAAAUUCGUAAGAUAUCGCCUGUAUAAUAUAUAAUAAUGUUUACUUUUCUUUCUCAUAAAAUAUUCACAAUCGAUUGUUGGUAUAUACCUGUUCCUAUCAGGUACUAUUUACUGCGGAGCUAUACCAAUAUCGUAUUUCUCUUAUUACUAUUAUCGUUAUUAUUGUUUAUAUUAUAUUCAUUUCACUGUUAAAAUAAUAAUAUUAUACAGUACUGACACGUUUGCCGACGUCGUCGUCAACCACCCAC